AUGGUCCUAGAAAUCUUCUCUCACUGCGUCGCUGUGCAUAGGCACCGCUUCAAGCUCCGCAUUUUGCGUGACAGCGUGCCGUUGAGAACUCUGUUGACGGCUUUAUGGCCUAAGUUUGACAAGUUUCUGUCUCUCUUCGCAGUCAAGUUUCUGAAGGCGUGUAUCGCCAUGAAGGAUCCAUAUGUGGACAAGCACCUCGUGAAGUCGAAAGUUUUGCGCCCUGUUGUCUGGAUGCUCAAAGAGGACUAUCUCUCCCCUCUGUCUUCCUCCUGCCGAUUAGGAGGUUCUCUUCUGACAUGCGCGAUUCUGGAUUGCCUCUCGUGUCUCUCUCCUUCUGGACUGUCGCCUUCUGUCAGCGGCCUCCCCGUGCACCUGCACUCCCAAGGAUCUUCCUUGAUUGAGUUUCUUUUCGAUGAUCCCCUUACUUCGCGAUGGAUCAUGCAAAUUGAAGAGGCAGCCAGCAAGAGUCGAAAGAAUGCAUGCGUCGUCCUGCGGGAUUUGCGCUUGCUGUAUUGCCGUUCGCGGAUCAGUCAAAGGCACGAGAGCAUGGGGAGUGCAAGCGACCUGCCUCAAGGCGACUGCCAGCAGCAGCCUCACCAACUGAGCAGCUUGGGAAGACUUAUUAGGACAGAUCCGCUGCGGCAAAAUAUAGAUGACGAUGAUUCUUGGUUCUUCAAUGUGAAGGAUGACGAUUCUCCAACUGAAGCGGAGAAAACUGCCUCUCAGCCUCGCUUGUCUCUGGUUGAUGGCUAUGACGAUGAAGAUGAGCAGCAACAGCAGCAGCAGCAAGGGAGUGCCUCCGGCACAGAUCUCUGGGCAGGGUCUGGCAGCAGCAGCAGCUCCGCAGCAGCUACGGCUGCAGGUCGAGUGAAGAUAACGAGAAGGCGAAGACGCCGCCCCUUGCGGGAUGAUGAAGAGGACAGCAGCAGCAGCAGCAGCAGCAGCAGCAGCAGCAGCAGUGAUGAGGACAAGCGCCAGCUCCCCAAGCCGACCGCACCUCCUAGCAGCAGCAGCAGCAGCAGCAGUAGUAGCAGCAGCAGCAGCAGCAAAUCCAAACCGCAAAGGGACCUUGCCGGAGGCACUCUCCUCAGCGUCUUUCCAGAGAAAUCUUCUGUAGCGCCAGCUCCGUUGUCAGCAGCCGCUGGAGGAGGUUCUGUCAGUUCCUUGUCUUCAGGAGGUCUUGCGAAGCAAAAGCGGAGAAUUGCAGUGAAAAUAGGAGCAAGGCUUGCUUCCAGUGGCGAUGAAGGCGCAGCUGCCACAGACGGCAGCACUGCAGCAGCAGCUGCAGCAGCAACGGACGGCCGGAGAAGCGACGACACUGCGGACGCAAAGCCACAACAGCUCUUUGCGCAUCUUGGUGGAAGUGGCGGAAAGGAAGAUGCUCCGCAAGAUACAAAGGGGGAAGGGGGGGACCGCGACGCGCUCGUUGAAGGGGUCCACCUGUUGCACCGCGUGCUGCAGCAGUCCGGCGUAGGAGCGAAAACCCUAGCAGCAGCUGCUGCUGCAACAGCUGCUGCUGCAACAGCUGCUGCUGCGCAAGCUGCAGCAGCAAAGACGGAGAGCAACCACCAGGCAGAUCUGCUGAAGGACCUUCUAGAUGAAGAGGACAGCGAUGGGGAGGCCUCUGUCGCUGCAGCUGUUGGUGCUGUGGAAGCGGCAGCAGCCUCAGGAGCAGCCGAGACUAAACGCAGACGCGUAGUCUAG